UUAAUGCAGAAGUUGUUCAGUCAGGGUUAGUAGGGAAGACCAGUGCAGGAGGAAGAAUAUCUCUUCCCUCUCUGGAGAGCUCAGCUGUGUCGCAAUCCCCACAGACACGACCACCAUGAGGCUCCCUGCAAUACAAACUUUCCUCUGUCUGGCGUCUGUUUUGUUUCUCCGUGUUUCUGCAGACCCCAGCGCUCCUGAGGUCCACACAGCACUCGGAAGUCUAAAAGGUGAGUAUGUGAGUGUGAAGGGGAAGGAGACUGGGGCCUAUGCCUACCUGGGUAUCCCUUUUGCCAAGCCACCUGUGGGCCCUGCUCUGAGACUGGCUGCACCUCAGCCUGUAGAGGCAUGGGGAGGAGUGAGAGAUGCCACCAAGCAGCCACCCUUAUGUAUUCAACCGAGAGCAAUGAUCAUGGAUCUGAUUGACAAAAUGGAAGGCAUGAAGGCAGAUCUCCCAGACGCUUCAGAGGAUUGCCUUUACCUCAACAUCUACACUCCUGCAAACAGAGCCAAUGAUGCCAAGCUCCCAGUUAUGGUCUGGAUCCAUGGUGGAGGUUUUACCAUAGGAUCAGCAUCUGUAUAUGACGGCUCUGCCCUGGCUGCUUACCAGGAUGUGGUUGUGGUUCUGAUCCAGUACCGCCUGGGAAUUCUGGGCUUUCUCAGCACUGGAGAUGAACACAUGCCUGGGAACGUUGGCCUCCUGGACCAGGUGCAAGCUCUGAAGUGGGUCCAGCAGCACAUUCACAACUUUGGAGGAAACCCAGAUUUAGUUACUAUAUUUGGGGAGUCUGCUGGUGGAGUGAGCGUGUCCCUCCUGCUUCUUUCACCAUUGACUGAAGGACUUAUCCACCGCGGCAUUGCUGAGAGUGGUACCGCUGCAAUGGAUAUACUCAUGACCAAUGAUCCUCUGCCAAUGGCACAGUACGUUGCAAAUAUGUCGGGCUGUAGUCUUGACAGCACACAGAAGAUCGCUGAAUGCAUGAAAAACCUUGAUCUUGAAACAAUCUUGGACCUUGCGAUGGAUCAAAGCGUGAGACUUCCCAUAAAUGUUGAUGGGCACUUCCUGAGAAAACCUGUGGAUGAGCUUUUCAAUAAGCAUGAGCUUCUCAAGAUCCCCUUCAUGACCGGCGUCAAUAAUGAUGAAGGGGGCUGGUUACUUGUUGAUUUCAUGGCUCCUAAAAACUGGACAGAGGGACUCGACCUGGAGACUGUCAAGAGCUUGCUCUCUUUCUUUUUUCCUGAUCCAGUCCUCUCAGAUUUGCUCAUUAAUGAAUAUAUGGGAAAUGGUGCAGAUUCUGUGAAGAAUCGAAAUGGGUAUACUGAGCUUAUAGGAGAUCUGUUAUUCACAGUUCCAGCCAUCAAGUGUGCAAAUGCCCACAGAGAUGCUGGUGCACCUGUGUAUCUGUAUGAGUACCAGCAUCCCCCCCAGUUCCUGCAGUCAAAUAGGCCUAGCUUUGUGAAAGCUGACCACGGAGAUGAAAUCUUUACAGUGUUAGGGUAUUGCUUCACAACUAAACAUGUGACAUUACAAGAUGCAUGCCCUGAAGAGGAGGAAGAGUUGAGCAAAAUUGUGAUGAGCUACUGGGGCAACUUUGCUCGCACAGGGUAUCCUAAUGGGGAAGGUCUUGUUCACUGGCCAAAGUAUGGAGCAGAAGAAAAGUACCUGAAAAUUGAUUUGAAGGAGCAGACAACUGGUCAGCAGCUGAAGAAGGACCGCUUCGACUUCCUGAGUCAGACCCUCCCAGAGAAGAUGAAACAGCGUAAAGAAAACAUGGAUCAUACUCCUGAGGUCCACACAGCACUCGGAAGUCUAAAAGGUGAGUAUGUGAGUGUGAAGGGGAAGGAGACUGGGGCCUAUGCCUACCUGGGUAUCCCUUUUGCCAAGCCACCUGUGGGCCCUGCUCUGAGACUGGCUGCACCUCAGCCUGUAGAGGCAUGGGGAGGAAUGAGAGAUGCCACCAAGCAGCCACCCUUGUGUAUUCAGCCAAGAGCAAUGCUCGUGGAUCUGUUUGACAAAAUGGGUGGCUUGAACGUAGAUCUCCCAGACGUUUCAGAGGAUUGCCUUUACCUCAACAUCUACUCUCCUGCAAACAGAGCCAAUGAUGCCAAGCUCCCAGUUAUGGUCUGGAUCCAUGGUGGAGCUUUUACUAUAGGAUCAGCAUCUGUGUAUGAUGGCUCUGCCCUGGCUGCUUACCAGGAUGUGGUUGUGGUUCUGAUCCAGUACCGCCUGGGAAUUCUGGGCUUUCUCAGCACUGGAGAUGAACACAUGCCUGGGAACGUUGGCCUCCUUGACCAGGUGCAAGCUCUGAAGUGGGUCCAGCAGCACAUUCACAACUUUGGAGGAAACCCAGAUUCAGUUACUAUAUUUGGGGAGUCUGCUGGUGGAGUGAGUGUGUCCCUGCUGCUUCUUUCACCAUUGGCUGAAGGACUUAUCCACUGCGGCAUUGCUGAGAGUGGUACCGCUGCAAUUGACUCACUCAUGACAAAUGAUCCUCUGCCAAUGGCACAGCACGUUGCAAAUAUGUCGGGCUGUAGUCUUGACAGCACACAGGAGAUCGCUGAUUGCAUGAAAAACCUUGAUCUUGAAACAAUCUUGGACCUUGGGAUGGAUCAAAGCGCGAGACCUUUCGUAAAUGUUGAUGGGCACUUCCUGAGAAAACCUGUGGAUGAGCUUUUCGAUAAGCAUGAACUUCUCAAGAUCCCCUUCAUGACCGGCAUCAAUAAUGAUGAAGGGGGCUGGUUACUUGCUGAAUUCAUGGCUCCUAAAAACUGGACAGGGGGACUCGACCUGGAGACUGUCAAGAGCUUGCUCUCUAUCUUUUACCCUGAUCCAGUCCUCUCAGAUUUGCUCAUUAAUGAAUAUAUGGGAAAUGGUGAAGAUCCUGUGAAGAAUCGAAAUGGGUAUACUGAGCUACUUGGAGAUAUGACAUUCUUGGUUCCAGCCAUCAAGUGUGCAAAUGCCCACAGAGAUGCUGGUGCACCUGUGUAUCUGUAUGAGUACCAGCAUCCCCCCCAGUUCCUGCAGUCAAAUAGGCCUAGCUUUGUGAAAGCUGACCAUGGAGAUGAAAUCUUUACAGUGUUUGGGAUUUGCUUCACAACUAAACAUGUGACAUUAAAAGAUGCAUGCCCUGAAGAGGAGGAAGAGUUGAGCAAAAUCGUGAUGAGCUACUGGGGCAACUUUGCUCGCACAGGGUCUCCUAAUGGGGAAGGUCUUGUUCACUGGCCAAAGUAUGGAGCAGAAGAAAAGUACCUGAAAAUUGAUUUGAAGGAGCAGACAACUGGUCAGCAGCUGAAGAAGGACCGCUUCGACUUCCUGAGUCAGACCCUCCCAAACAAGAUGAAACAGUCUCCUGAGGUCCACACAGCACUCGGAAGUCUAAAAGGUGAGUAUGUGAGUGUGAAGGGGAAGGAGACUGGGGCCUAUACCUACCUGGGUAUCCCUUUUGCCAAGCCACCUGUGGGCCCUGCUCUGAGACUGGCUGCACCUCAGCCUGUAGAGGCAUGGGGAGGAGUGAGAGAUGCCACCAAGCAGCCACCCUUGUGUAUUCAACCAAGAGCAAUGGUCAAGGAUCUGAUUGAAAAAGUUGGUGUCAUGAAGGCAGAUUUCCCAGACGUUUCAGAGGAUUGCCUUUACCUCAACAUCUUCACUCCCGCAAACAGAGCCAAUGAUGCCAAGCUCCCAGUUAUGGUCUGGAUCCAUGGUGGAGGUUUUGCUAUAGGAUCAGCAUCUAUGUAUGACGGCUCUGCCCUGGCUGCUUACCAGGAUGUGGUGGUGGUUCUGAUCCAGUACCGCCUGGGAGUUCUAGGCCUUCUCAGCACUGGAGAUGAACACAUGCCUGGGAACGUUGGCCUCCUGGACCAGGUGCAAGCUCUGAAGUGGGUCCAGCAGCACAUUCACAACUUUGGAGGAAACCCAGAUUUAGUUACUAUAUUUGGGGAGUCUGCUGGUGGAGUGAGCGUGUCCCUCCUGCUUCUUUCACCAUUGACUCAAGGACUUAUCCACCGCGGCAUUGCUGAGAGUGGUACCGCUGCAAUUGACUCACUCAUGACAAAUGAUCCUCUGCCAAUGGCACAGCACGUUGCAAAUAUGUCGGGCUGUAGUCUUGACAGCACACAGAAGAUUGCUGAUUGCAUGAAAAACCUUGAUCUUGAAACAAUCUUGGACCUUGGGAUGGAUCUGAGCGUGAGACCUCUCAUAAAUGUUGAUGGGCACUUCCUGAGAAAAUCUGUGGAUGAGCUUUUCAAUAAGCAUGAACUUCUCAAGAUCCCCUUCAUGACCGGCGUCAAUAAUGAUGAAGGGGGCUGGUUACUUGUUGAUGCCAUGGGUCCUAAAAACUGGACAGAGGGACUUGAUCUGGAGACUGUCAAGAACUUGGUCUCUUUCUUUUUUCCUGAUCCAGUCCUCUCAGAUUUGCUCAUUAAGGAAUAUAUAGGAAAUGGUGAAGAUCCUGUGAAGAAUCGAAAUGGGUAUACCGAGCUACUUGGAGAUAUGACAUUCAUAGUUCCAGCCAUCAAGUGUGCAAAUGCCCACAGAGAUGCUGGUGCACCUGUGUAUAUGUAUGAAUACAUGCAUCCUCCCCAGUUCAUGCAGGCAAUAAGGCCUAGCUUUGUGAAAGCUGACCACGGAGAUGAAAUCUUUACAGUGUUAGGGUAUUGCUUCACAACUAAAUAUGUGACAUUACAAGAUGUAUGCCCUGAAGAGGAGGAAGAGUUGAGCAAAAUCAUGAUGAGCUACUGGGGCAACUUUGCUCGCACAGGGUCUCCUAAUGGGGAAGGUCUUGUUCACUGGCCAAAGUAUGGAGCAGAAGAAAAGUACCUGAAAAUUGAUUUGAAGGAGCAGACAACUGGUCAGCAGCUGAAGAAGGGCCGCUUCAUUUUGAUGAGUCAGACCCUCCCAGAGAAGAUGAAACAGCAUAAAGAAAACAUGGAUCAUAGUGAGCUGUAGAUACAGUCUCCUGUCCUUUCUCUACCUUGUAAUUUUUUGCAGUUGAUUCCAGAUUAAAUCACCAAAAAAUCAGCUGGAAACACAUUAGACAUAGAAUGAAACGUUUGAUAUACAAAGUGGAUAUUGUGUUCUAAAAAACUCACAUACUUGUGUUUAAGCCUGUGUAAAUCCAGUGUUUUCCACACGCAGACUAUAUUUAAACAGGAAAGACUUCACACAAGUUUAUUUAGCAUUUAUUUUGCAAAUUUAAAAGGAAAUAUGCAAUGUCGUUGGCGAUUAGACUCCAUCGUGAUGACAAAAUGUACUUGCUGGGGUAGUAUGGAAAAUGGCAGGAAUAGAACACCCCCCUUUGUAGUCUUGACUCUGGUGGGGGUUUGAUGAGGGAUGCAGGAUCAGAUGAGGAGUGGACUUCUGAGAAACUGGACCAGGACACCAAUGAGCUGGCUUGGAGGAGGAGACUGAGGUAUACAGGGUGAAAUAAGCAGUAGACUUAUGAGGAUCUGGACUAGAUGUUGAAUGGAGGUGGAGGAGGGUUGCAGCAUUGACACUGAAAAGACAGGCUGCCUGGAGGAGAAAGGAUGAUGGAUUUAAAAUAUGACAGGUACAUGAUAAUUGAUCAAACAAGUUAUGGCAGAAUCUGAUUAGCUUAGUGCUUAAGACAUUGAACGCCCAUAAUCAGCUGAUCACAAGAGUGGGAAGAGAGAAAGAAUGGAAGAAGGGAGAGAUGUGAAUGAGUGGUGAUGAAUAAGUCUUCCUGCUCAAACUUUGGAACAAAAUAUCCGUGUGAAAAAGAGAAAGGACAAAAUAAACACAUUUUCCUCCGAUAAUUAAAAAAAAAAUUUGGCAGUUUUUCUGAUAUCUUUGGGGAAAAUCUUAUUAUCAUGGAAGCAACUUUGAUAUACCAAGAAUAAAAGAAGUGGGUAAAAAAUAUUCUACCCAUAAUCAUGGUAAAGUGGAAUAAUUUAAAAUGUAAAUGGUGGACUUGAUCUGGUAGAGCGUAUUUCUAGUCAUCUGACUACAUAAAGCGCUUUUCACUGCAGGUCACACCUUCUCAUUCACACCCUUUCACUCCACAUUCACACACUGAUGUCUGCCCACUACUAGCUUCAGUACUCCAUAGACUUGUUUUCAUCAUUUUCUUCCAGGCACAAAUUUGUGCCCCUCUGUAAACAGCUCCGGGAUCUACUUUUUGUUCCCUAAGGUCAGGUCAGGUCUGGGAACAUAUGCCGGUUCAGCACGUCCCUGCAUCAACCUUGGUCCUGAAAUGCUCUGGCCAUCCUCCAGAUACACACAGUUGCCCCUUGCGUCUGGACCAGCCCACCAGGUCCUGGGCACCCAGUAUGCUGCAAGCUGGAUCUGAAGUGUCCCAACUCACCAGUUGAGAACCACCGCUGCCCCAUUGAGAGUAAGCCUUUAGCUCAGCAUUUCAAAAAGCAAGUGUUAUUUGAGCAUCUAUUUACAUCGUGCUGUUGAUAAAUACUGUCAUAACAGCAGAAACUCAAAAAAUGAGGCAGGGCAGGAUGGUCACCCAAGUACAGAGUAGUCCUGUGGGAAACACUGGAAUGAUUUUGUAUUGGCAAGUGUGAGCUUCUUUCAAAAGCAGUUGCUUUUUAACUGUAAAGUGGGAUCAGGUUUUUUAUCUAGUUUUUAUGCUGAACAUCAAUUUAAACCUUCAUAUGUGUACAAGUCUAACAAUUGAUGUUCUAUUAAAUUUAAACCUUUUGACAUCGGUGUUCAUAACUUCCUUUACAUUAUAUUUUGUUUGCAUUCCUCAGUCAAUAUGCCAAAAAUCUUUUCUUUUGUGUAAAAAAAAAUUACAGGAAAAACAAAUUCUAGAGUGAAAAUGGUUAAAAUGUGUCACAGAUGUCCAGCCUAAAUUGUUAUCAAGUGAGAUUAAACCUCUACAUGAUCA